CAGCCGCGGUGUGAAUGCACCUUAACGCAAUUAACACAAACGUCAAACGUACGUCAAAUACCUAACCUAUUUUUUGAACAUUUGUUUUAUUUGUAUUUGUUCAUGUUUUUCGGGGUCAGAGGCCCCACAAUCACGCACCAUGAAUCCGUUAACGAACAUGAAAAAUGUGAAGAAACUGAGCGAACAGGAGCUCUACACCGGUAAUAAAACCUCCUGGCAUGACCAAUACAGGGACAGUGCGUGGGUUUUCAUCGGCGGUUUGCCCUUCGACCUGACCGAGGGCGACAUAAUUUGCAUUUUCUCGCAGUAUGGCGAAGUGGUGAACAUAAACCUGAUCAGGGAUAAGGACUCGGGCAAGUCAAAGGGCUUCUGUUUCCUGUGCUACGAGGACCAAAGAUCGACCGACUUGGCCGUUGAUAAUUUCAACGGAAUCAAAAUCUUGAACAGGACGAUACGAGUCGACCACGUCAGUAACUACAAGGUGCCCAAACAGGGCAAGAAAACGGACGCUGAGACGAAGAAACUGUACGAUGAGGGCUGUGCCCCCAAGGCCGUCCCUGUGCAAGUUCCUGUCAAAGCGCCAGUGAAGAUUAAAACAGACCCUGACGAUUUUCGCGAAACACUGGCCGACCAGAUUAAUUCUGAGAUCAAGUUGCCUGAGCGCUUGCCCAUUUACACGAUAAAAAAGGAGAAAGUGGACGAGGAGGCGCCGCCGGAGCCUGUUGUCACGAAAGAGAAGAAGGAAAAGAAACACAAGAAGGAGAAAAAGAAGAAGAAGAAAAAGAAGUCGGACGAAAACAGCAGCGAAUCCGAUUCAGAUAGGAAGAAGAAAAAGAAGAAGAAGGGCGAGUCAGGGUCGGAUUACUCCGCUGAAGACAGCGUGUCAGAGGACGAGGAUAGGAGGAAGCGGUCGCGGAGUCCGAAUAAGAAAAAGCGCUGAUUUACUAACAUCUAUUUACAGCUCUGUGCUUCAUAUCUUCAUUAUCAGUAAGCUCGUCUUCACCUUGCGUCACAUUGACAUAUUUUUUCAAAAUGUGGGAGACACUCCCUAGACCAUUAUUCUCCAAAUAAUAUAGCGAGAAGUGUGAAA